AUAUGACAUUAUUUCUAAGACCCAAAAUCUUUAAUUUGACACACGCAUAUACAGAGCAGAUAUCAUACGAAUCAUCGAAAUAAGUGGAACGAACAGAAUUUUUCUUUUUUGUUGGUCAAUGCUGUCAUUAUUAAAUUCGGAUAAUCAUCAUGAUGAUACGUCGAAUCGUCGCCGCUAUCGUUCAUCAUCAAAAUUAUUUUGGACAUUUACAACAAGCUCAUUUUUUAUUGCUCAUAUGGUUGUCAACAUUUACAUUAUUAUUCUGGAUCAUAUCAAUACCAUCAGUCAAAUGUUCAAUGUUGAAUUCCGGAAAUGUUCGACAACAACCAAAUAUUCAACCAGAUUUUCAUUCAAUGACUCUUUUGCAUUAUGAUGAUAAUGUUGAUGAUGAACAAAUGGACGAAUCAUACUUAUCAGAUGCUGCAUUUCAUCAUAUUGACAAGAAUAAUAUUAUAACAACAACAUAUCUCUGUGAUAAAGAUGGUUCUAUCGGUAUACAUGCAUUGGGUAUGCAAUCUGAAUCAAUUCCAGAUUCAUCACUAUCUGCAUCGUCAGCAUUCGAAAUGUUACAUGUUGGUCCACAAAAUGCUAGAUUGAAUAAAGAUAAAUCUGGUGGUGCCUGGUGUCCAUCAAAACAACUUGGCCCGGAUACAUCAGGUACUGAAUGGAUACAAGUAGAUUUAGGUUCAUUACAUGUUGUUACGGGUGUAGCAACACAAGGUCGUUUUGGUAAAGGACUUGGACAAGAAUUUACUGAAUGGUAUAGCCUUUAUUAUUCACGUCAAACAAUUCCAGUAAAAUGGAUCAAAUGGAAAAGUUUAGAUGGUCGUACAAAUUUGGAAGGAAAUAUCGAUCCAAAUACUGUACGAAAACAUUAUCUAUCAAUACCAAUGGUAGCCGUAAGACAUGUAAGAAUCGUGCCUGUAUCCAAUCACACUCGAACUGUGUGCCUUCGUUUUGAACUUUUUGGCUGCUCUUAUCAGGGUCCAAUAUCAUAUACAUUACCCGCCGCUCAUGAAGCUUUAGCUAGAAGAAAUCUUAACCAACUUCUUGAUCUUUCUUAUGAUGGUUCAAUGUCAUCGACAGGAAUUUGGUCCGGAGGCUUAGGACAAUUGACCGAUGGGAUUAAAUCGUUGUCGGCAAUAAAUUCAAAACAAAAAAUUGUACAAGAACAAAAUUGGAUUUGGGUUGGUUGGCCUCGUAUUGAUGAUGGAAGUGAAGCAUCUUCAGUUACUAUGUCAUUUGAAUUUGAUCAAGUCUAUAAUUUUACAAGUAUAAGCCUUAAUUGUCGUCAGGAUUUUGAUAAGAAUAUAAAAGCCUUUGCUAGUGCUUUGUUAUGGUUUUCAUUGGACUAUCAACGUUGGAGCCAUUCAGCCAUUAGUUUUGAAUAUCAAUCCAAUUUUGAUGAUAAUCAUGAUGCAAUCGACCAAUCCUCCAGAGACAUAGUUAUUCCACUUCAACAUCGUAUUGGACAAUUCAUAAGAAUCGAGCUUAUCUAUACUGGUGAAUGGCUUCAAUUAAGUGAAAUAUCAUUCGAUUUUAAUACAUUACCAUCGAAUUUGACAUUUGAUCAGAAAAAUCAACUAUUUGAAUGGACUCAUUCAGAAGCAUAUGCUAUUUCAGCUGCUGCUGCUGCUGGCAUUAGUACCAGUAGUGGAACACGAUAUAAUAUGAUGUCUGGUCAUGAUAAUGUCAUGUUACAUAAUCAUUCAUCGAAUAAUAUUGGUAAAAAUAAAUAUCCAAUUGGAAAUGAUAAUCAAGAAAGUCAAGCAAUUAAAUAUUCAUUGAUUAUUGCCUGUCUUUGUACACUAGGUCUAGUCAUUAUUUCAUUAUUAACAUCAUUCAUAUUCAAAAAACUUAAUCUUCGUAAGAAUAAUGUUUUUACUGAAAUUUCCGAUCCAAGUGAUAUGGAAUCAGAAAAUGCUGCUAUUAAUAUGAAAAAUUUACCCAAAGAAAGUGGUGGUGUUUGUACUUCUGGUAAUGGUUCACCAUUAUAUUGUAGUCCAAAAGAAAUUUGUUCAAUACAAGAUGAAGCUGAAUAUGCAAUACCUGAUGUUAUAUGCCCGAAUAAUCUGUCAAGAACAUUAGCAUUACAUAGUAAUAACGAUAAUCAUAAUGGUCACCACAUUGUUACGACAGCCAAUUCAAUCGUAUGUAAAACGAUCAACCCAAGAUUUUAUGCUUCAUCGGAUAUUAUACAUGCUAAGCAAAACAUUUAUGGUACAAGAAUUCAGCCACCAAUUCGUAACAUAUUAGAUGCUAGUGCAUAUUUUCGUACAAUCAAAAAUGGUUCCAUACAAAAUGUUUUACAUCAACGACAACUACCAUUAUUGGAUACGUUUUGUAAUCCAAACAACCAACAUGGUAAUAUUCCAAUGAAUUGUACACCUUUACGUUCACAAAGAUUUUAUUCGAAUGAUUUUAUUAAUGGAACAUUUGGUGUACGAAUAUAUUCUGAAUCUGAAAUUGGUGUAAUUCAAAGUUUGGGCAAAUCCAAAUAUGGAGAUAUAUUAUUGUGCAAUAUUCCGGUAACUACUUCAACAUUAGCUACUUCUACUACAGUUUCAGCUAAAACCAGACUUGUUAUUGUACGAACAGUCAAUGAUCUUGUAUUGAAAAAUGAAUUUAUCGAAUCAAUGGAUUAUCAACGUAAAAUUUCACAACAACAUAUCGAUACAUUUGCACGUUUAUUAGGAAUCAUUGAAACGCCUACAUAUUUUGCAUCAAUAAUCGAAUAUGGUGAUUGUGAUCUCAAUUAUUUUUUACGCAAGUCUACCACGGAUAUCCUGAGUUUUGAUGCAUUGUUGUAUAUAGCCAGCCAGAUAGCUAAUGCCUGUGUACAUCUGGAAUCGAUAAAACAAACACAUCAAGAUUUAGCUACACGUAAUGUGAUUAUUUAUGAAAAAAAUUUACUAAUCAAAAUAACCGAUGGUGCUGUUAAUAUGGAUAAAUAUAAACAUGAUUAUUAUAAUGGUUUACCGAUUCGUUGGAUGAGUCCUCAAUCGAUUGUUCAACAAGAAUUUGAUAGUUAUUCAGAAGUUUAUUCAUUUGGUGUUUGUUUUUGGGAAAUAUUAACUAUGGCUAAAUAUCGUCCAUUUAUUGAUCUUACUGAUGAACAAUUUCUAGCUAUGAUAUAUGCAUACAUGAAUGAUGGAGAAACAAUGGAUCAUCUACCUAGACCAGCACAAUGUCAAAAUAAAGAAAUUUAUCAAUUACUGCAGGAAUGUUUAGAUCCUGAUCAAAAUCAAAGACCAACAUUCAAGGAGAUUAGUAUAUUCUUACAACGUAAAUCAUUAAAUUUUACAACCAAUCAUCAAUUGGCUCAAUAAUCUGUUUAAAAUUAUUUUUCAACCAAAACCAAAACUAGUCUCAAACAAGAUUCUCAUUACCAAUCUUUGAUAUGCAUAUCAAAGUGAAUGAGGGGUUAAUUAUUUUUCUAUCUCUAUCAAUAUUAUCAAUGAACUUAUCUCCCAUUUUUUUCUGUUGUUUUGAAUAUACACAUUUUGGUUUUUCUGUGAUAAACACAAUAUCAACAACAAAACACACACACACACACU